AUGGCAUCCGUCACCGUUUUUAUGGUGGCAGAGAAACCUUCUCUUGCCGAAUCGAUCACAAAGAUCCUUGCCCCCAAUGGACAGUAUCAAACCCGCAAAUCUUAUACAUCUGUCCACGAGUACAAUGGUCAAUUCCGAAAUCAGAAUGCACGAUUCAAGUUUACAUCUGUAACAGAGUUGUCGAAUAGGACAUGUAUACAGAGUCACAACAACUGGGAUGCAACUGAUCCUUUGGAAUUGUUCACUGCACCAACUUUAAAACUGGAAGCAAAUUCCAAGCAACACAUAACGAAACAUCUUCAAAAUGAGUCGAGAGGAGCUGACUAUGUCGUUCUCUGGCUUGACUGUGAUCGAGAAGGAGAAAAUAUAUGCUUUGAAGUUGUCGAUAACGUUUUCAAUAGUAUGAAAGAACCACAGAAAACUAAAGAAAGCAGAAUAUUAAGAGCAAAGUUCUCUGCCAUCACACACACUGAUAUCCGUAAAGCAAUGGAUAAUCUUAUAUACCCGAACAAGAACGAAUCGUUAGCCGUUGAUGCAAGACAGGAACUCGACCUAAAGAUUGGUUGUGCGUUUACAAGAUUCCAAACACGAUUCUUCCAAGGAAAAUAUGGCAACCUAGACGCUGCAGUAAUAUCGUAUGGUCCAUGCCAAACGCCGACACUUUCGUUUUGCGUUUCACGUCAUGACCAAAUCCAGUCUUUCUCUCCUGAACCGUUCUGGAGUGUAGCAGUGACUGUUGCGAGAAAAGACAAUCAAAAUAAGAACAAGGAUAAAGAGGAGACAGUGUUACAUUGGAAAAGGGAACGAGUGUUUGAUAGGCAGAUUGCAAGAAUCUUUGAGAGUACAGUUAAAGAGGCCAAUGAAGCGAUCGUUAUAUCUGUUAAAUCGGAACGAAAGACCAAAUCAAGACCGCAUGCAUUGAACACCGUUGAGCUUCUCAAACACGGAUCGUCCGCUCUGGGAAUAGGUCCACAUGAUGUGAUGUCUAUAGCGGAACGUCUAUACAUGCAAGGUUACAUUUCCUAUCCACGAACGGAAACAACGUCGUACCCAAAAAAUUUUGAUUUAAAUGCUGUGCUAAGAAUGCAACAGAACCACGGUAUUUGGGGAUCGUACGCAAGCGAGCUUUUAGAAAAUGGAGUUCACAAACCUAGUGGUGGUGUGGAUGUUGGUGACCACCCUCCUAUAACGCCCAUGCGAAAGGCUGAAGAAGGAGAUCUUUCUGGCGAUACUUGGCGUGUAUACAGCUACGUGACGCGCCAUUUUCUUGGGUCGAUAAGUCCUGAUAUGCGAUAUAUCCGUACAACGGCUAUCGUUAAAAUAAAUAACGAGAUAUUCGAAUGUUCAGGAUCACGGGUUGACCGAGCUGGAUUUACUAGCAUUUUAUAUUCUCGGACAUUAUCGGACACUUUUAUACCCGAGUAUAAAGAAGGCGAACGAUUGGACAUUACCGAUGUAAAAUUGACCGAAGGUCUAACACACCCGCCAGAUUAUUUGACCGAGAGCGAAGUUAUUGGUUUGAUGGAGAAGCAUGGAAUUGGGACAGACGCGUCGAUUCCUGUGCAUAUAAAUAACAUAUGUCAGAGGAACUAUGUCAAAGUUGAGGGUAAUGCACGACGGCUUGUACCAACAAAUUUGGAGAAAAUCGAUCCUGAUCUCUCUUUACCAACCAUGCGAAGUGACGUCGAAAAACAACUCAAUUAUAUUGCUUUAGGACAAGCGAAAUUCAAAGACGUGCUUGAUCAUUCGUUGAAACUGUUUUCAGCCAAAUUCAAGUACUUUACAGAUAAGAUUGGUCAAAUGGACGAACUAUUCGAAGCGACUUUUUCGGUUAUUGCUGAAACUGGAAAGAUCAUGUCUAGGUGUGGCAAAUGUAGGAGGCCAGAAAGACUUCAUUGUAAGACGUGUGAUGAGACUUACUCACUUCCACAAAACGGAUCCAUUAAGCCAUACAAAGAACUCAAAUGUCCUUUGGAUGAUUUCGAGUUGGUUCUUUUCUCAAUUGGAUCUGAUGGAAUGGGUUACCCAAUGUGUCCUUAUUGUUAUAACUACCCGCCUUUUGAAAAUAUUAGCAAGGGUAUUGUAUUUGCUUUGCAUGCUCAA